AUGGCGAGCUCAAAAAAGACCCAGAGUUUGCCAGAGUCGUCGGGAAAGACGUUUAGUGCAUUUGCAAACCUCGAUACACGUAUUCUACGCGCGUUAGCCGAUCAGUCGUUCAUAAAACCGACCUUGGUGCAAGAAAAAGCGAUACCUGUUGCGUUAGAAGGGAGGGAUGUGUUAUGCAGAGCACGUACAGGAAGUGGAAAAACUGUUGCGUAUUGCGUACCGGUUCUCGAGAGGGUGCUAGCAGGACGAAAGGCUUCUAGUAACGACGAGGAAAAGCAAUCCACUCGCGCAGUGAUCCUUGUACCGACGCGAGAGCUCUCUGAGCAAGUGACUACGCAACUCAAGAAGCUUUCAAAGUACUGUGAAGAUAUCAUUGUGAGCAAUGUGACCAGCGGCGGAAAUGCACAUCGCAAUAAAAUGCUCGGAGAUGAUCGACCAGAUGUCGUAGUCGGUACCCCAGCUCGUGUCCUGGCUCUGGCUCAAUCCAAGACAUUAUCUCUACAUGCACUGGAAAUACUGGUCAUUGAUGAAGCGGAUCUUAUUCUAUCCUAUGGCCAUUCACAGACGAUGCAAACUCUCCUAUCCUCCUCGACAAGAUCGUCUGACGAAACUACGAACGAUGGAACGUCCAAGCAAACAAAAUCCUACCUUCCUUCGGUUUACCAAUCUGUUCUCAUGUCCGCCACUCUCACGGCCGAUGUCACCACCCUCAAGUCUCUCGUCCUACGUGAUCCGGUGAUCCUCACGCUAACAGAAGAGGAAGCAAAAGACUCGCGAUCGUUGCUUUCUCAAUAUGUACUCAAAGUGGACAAUGACGCGGAAAAGUUUCUGCACAUUUACGUGAUCCUCAAACUCAAACUCAUCAAAGGGAAAGCUAUUCUUUUCGUCAACGACGUCGAACGGUGCUACCGUCUGAAGCUUUUCCUGGAACAGUUUAGCAUACGUUGCUGCGUUCUGAAUAGAGAGUUGCCGAUAAACUCUCGAUACCAUACCAUUCAAGAAUUCAAUAAAGGAAUCUACGACUAUAUCAUUGCAACGGACGAGAGCGGAGCACGCAAUGAGGAAGUGGAUUCCGAUUCGGAUCAAGCAAUGGACGAAGGCAACCAAGACCCUGAUCUCGACGAAUUUGUACAGACCCAGCGCGAGGCGGAACCACAGCAAGAGGCACCGUCGUCGCCCUUGGCAGGGAAGAAGCGUAAACAUAUCGAAGUUGAAGACGAAGACAUCAAGAUGGAAUUUGAGGGUGAAAUUGCUGAUGCAAAAAAGCAACUCAAGGGGAGCAAGAAGCCAACCAAAAAAGUAAAGGCUGAAGAAAAAGAAUACUCGACUUCACGUGGGGUCGAUUUUUUGGACGUUGCCUGUGUGGUCAAUUUCGACCUACCGUUGUCGAGUCGUAGCUAUGUUCAUCGUGUGGGCAGAACGGCACGGGCCGGGAGAGGAGGAGUGGCGAUCAGUUUUGUGGUGACGACUGAUUAUAAGAUAAAAGGUGGUAAGAGCCAUCUGGAAGAGACGAAAAUCUGGCGACGAAUCGAGCGCGACCAGAAUGGAUGGUCAAAGGACGUAUACUCGCUUCCCGCAGAGGAUAAACCUCAGAGCUGCAUCAAAGAUUUUACUCUAUCACCAAAUCUUCUCGCCGGCUUCCGCUACCGAAUGCAGGAUGCGUUGCGAAGUGUCACUGGUAAAGCAGUUAAAGAAGCUAGGAUCAAAGAAUUGAAGAAUGAGAUUCUCAACAGUGGAAAACUCAAGGCCCACUUUGAAGAUCAUCCACUAGACUUGGAGUAUCUCAGACAUGAUAAACCGCUUCACCCAGCGAGGAUUCAGAGUCACAUGAAGUAUGUACCGUCGUACCUACUUCCAAAGGGCGCGGUCGCAACCACCUCAACAACCUCGGCAACUGGAGCACCGCAUGAGGGUAUUGGACGAUAUGAUGGUGCUAUAGCCGCCGGUGUGGAGACACUUCUGGCGCCAUCGAAGGAUUUGUACCGUUCAACAAGCAUUCUCAUCCGCGAGGACGAGGACGCGGUAGAGGUUCAAGUAUACGACGAGGGGGGCCAAGUGCCCGUGGAAAACGAAAGAACGAUCCAUUGCGAAAGUUUGAGGUGGGCUCCAUGGCUUAUAUACUUUGACCCCUUCCACAACUGCCUAAUGUACCAAGAUGACCUAGACGAUCUCUUACCGGCGCUCCCAACGCGCCAAAACGCGCUUCCUAGUUUCAAUGAUCCUGAAGAGGAUCCAUUUAGCAAUCCAUUUGGCGGAGGAUCGGAUCCUUGGGCCAGCUUUGGCAAAACAUCAGAUACAUAUAACGAUUGGAACCCAAAUGUCUUUGCAGACGAAACGUCGCAGAAGCCACAUGCCUCGCUCGGCCAGACAUCUGCGCCGUCGUCCCCACAAGCUCAGAGAGUGGUCGACGACGUGAAUGACGACCACCAAAGUCAUGAAACGAAGCAGACUAGUUCGGAAAGGGAUGGUUUCGACGUGACCACGCCGCGAAACGAAAACCAGAGUGCUGUCGAGCCUGCGAAUGCUACUCCUGAGUCCGCAACGACGAUUGGGAUCGUAGAUCCGUUAGAUGCUGCGUUAUCAAAUGUCGAAGAAGCUCCAGCGCAUGUUCCAGUAAUCCAGCGAAAGCUGCCUUUGGUUAUCAAAGAAACCACUGCAGAAUCUCCAUUAGUGACGCCGGUACCAAAAUCUGAAUCAGGAUCUUUAGAAACUCCUACAGCCAUGACAAAUCAACCAGCUGCUCCCUCUACAAAUACUGAAGAGGACGGCGAGGCAAAGAGCCAUCAACACCUACGCUCCCGACAGCAGAUUCCGCCACGCCAGAAAUCCCUCCCACUCACCGACGAACCGUCGCCUGCAUCGCCGUCCGACGCGUCGAUCACCAUCUCAACUUCCGAGGUGGCACAGGUGACACCUGCUCAUUCGCACAUCUCAUCGCGAGAUCCGUCAUCUUCUGAUGUCGAACGACAGUCAUUUAUGGACAAAGUCGUUGUGUCCCCCUUGGAACGCACACCCUCCAUGCCGCCAAACCCCCUCGACCGGAACUUUAGCGCGCCAGUACUUGGUGCUGCGGCAUUGGAUAGUGGUGGAUGGGGAGAUGGAUGGAGCACGGACAAUAUGAGCCACUCCUUCCCUGUGCCGGGAGCGUCGGUAGGACAAUCCGAGCAACAAGAUGGAGAGCGGGCUGCCGCUACAGAGGAAGAAGAAGAUCCAGACGAUAAUGUGCCCCUUGCCCAGUCACUCUCCAUGUCAAAGCCGCCACCGCCCGUGGCGAUGUAUGUGAUCUCCGUGGGUGAUCCACAAAAGAUUGGGGACCCAAUUUCUGCGCAUAUCGUGUACACGGUAACAACAAAGACAAACAAUCCUAAUUAUAAGAAGAGCCAGUUUUCUGUUUUAAGGAGGUACUCAGAUUUCGUAUGGCUAUAUGAUACCUUAUGUGCAAAUAACCCUGGCGUCAUCGUGCCGCCCAUCCCAGAGAAAAACUCGCUGGGCCGGUUCCAAGAUGCAUUCGUCCAGGCACGACGACUCGCACUGAACAAGUGUAUCCAGAAGACUGCAAAUCAUCCUGGGCUUUGUCACGAUAAGGAUCUCCAGCUCUUUUUGGAGAGCGAUAACUUUGCGUUGGAUAUCAAACACCGACGGACGGAAGAGGGCGGUGGACUCUUAUCGUUCCUCAGCAAUACGGUGGCAAGCACUCGAUUUUAUGAGACGGACGAGUGGUUCGAGACGAAGAAGGUCUAUCUGGAUGGAUUGGAAAAUCAACUGAGGGGGCUUAUUCGAUCGAUGGAAGCGGUGGCCAAGCAAAGGACAGAGUCGUCCCAAGCGCUGGCGGAACUGGCCGAUACGCUCGAGGCACUGUCCACGUCGGAUAUUUCACAGCAGUUAUCGAGCUCGUUCUCACAUCUCGCAACCGUUCAACGGAAAGCGAAACAGAUUCAGGAUGAGCAGGCCAACCAGGAUGUGGUUACAUUUGCCGGUACAGUGGAAGAGUACGGGCGGAUGAUAGGAUCUGUUCGACUUGCGUUUGCAUCGCGAGUUAAAUGCUAUGGACAGUGGCAAAAUGCAGAGAACGAUCUACGGCGAGUGCGAACGGCGCACGAAAAGGCACGCAAGCAGUCAAAGACGCCGGAACGGCUUCAUUACCAUAUCCAAGAGGUCGCAGAUGCCGAACGCAAAGUGUCGCACGCCAAGUCGGAGUUUGAGCGGGUGACAAAGUUGGUCAAGAUUGAGCUUCACCGAUUCGACAUGGAACGUGUGGAAGAUUUCAAGAAAUCGUUAGAGGCAUUCCUGGAGGGUAUGAUUCGGCGCCAGAAAGAGCUUAUAAAUGCGUGGGAGGAGUAUCAGGCGUCAUUACUGCAAAAGUCUGGCGCAAAUCCAGUCAAUCGGGAAGAUGUUGCGUCGACUGCGUAG